GGAGGCGGGGAAGCGUCUGCAUCCGCCAUAGAACACAGACACAGCCCCAAAUGGCAGCUUUUUGCCUACACCAACCUCCUGGAGAGGGUAGUUAACUAACUAGGCUUUCCUGUCAACGCACCAUUGCAUAUUAUCAGCUGUGACGCGAACCCCUGCGAAAUUCCCAAAGCAUGCUGGGAGAUGUAGUUUAGCUGGUUAUUUGUGAGGGAGAUGUGGCUGCGUGUGGAACUACAAGCCCCAAGAGGCAUCGCAGUCACAGCAUCGUCUGUAAAACAGGGUGCUCCCUUUCAUUACAAUCGUGGUGCAGCCUGUAACCUCUGGAUUCAACUGCGCGGAAUCCGGGUGUGCAAGAAUGAAUCUAGCAGAGAUCUGUGACAAUGCUAAAAAGGGAAGAGAAUAUGCUCUGCUUGGGAAUUACGAUUCCUCCAUGGUGUAUUACCAGGGUGUAAUCCAGCAGAUUCAGAAGCACUUUCAGACUAUCCGAGACCCAGUGGUGAAAGUGAAGUGGCAACAGGUAUGUCAAGAAUUAGUGGAGGAGUAUGAGCAAGUGAAAACUAUUGUUAGCACCCUAGAAUCCUUUAAAAUCGAAAAACCAGCAGAGUUCCCUGUUGCAGUAGCAGAGGAACCUGUCAAGGACCCAGCAGUUUGGCCUCCUCCAGUUCCAGCGGAACACAGGGCUCCUCAAGUCAGACGACCUAACAGAGAGGUAAAGCCCUUAAGGAAGGAAUCUCCAGCAGUACAACCGCAUGGACCUGUUGGGAGAGCACAACCCAUUUCGAAAAGUGAUAGGCCCUCCAACAGAGAUGGCAGAGCACGAGGCAAAGAUGAUAAGGGAAGAAAAAAUCAGCAAGAUGCUGGUGCAGAUGGAGAGCUAAAGAAAUUUGAUGGGGCAGGAUAUGACAAGGAUCUAGUGGAAGCUUUAGAAAGGGACAUCAUCUCCAGGAAUCCCAAUGUGCGCUGGGAAGAUAUUGCUGAUCUGGAAGAUGCAAAGAGGUUACUGAGAGAAGCUGUUGUGCUUCCAAUGUGGAUGCCUGACUUUUUCAAAGGCAUCAGAAGACCAUGGAAAGGUGUUCUAAUGGUUGGACCCCCUGGAACAGGCAAAACCAUGCUUGCUAAAGCCGUAGCCACAGAAUGUGGAACAACAUUUUUCAAUGUAUCGUCUUCAACAUUAACCUCUAAGUACAGGGGAGAGUCUGAAAAGCUGGUCCGCUUAUUAUUUGAAAUGGCAAGAUUUUAUGCCCCAACAACGAUUUUUAUUGAUGAAAUUGAUUCCAUCUGUAGUCGAAGAGGUACAUCUGAUGAGCAUGAGGCAAGUCGCCGGGUCAAGUCGGAACUGCUCGUCCAAAUGGAUGGUGUUGGAGGCGCUCUAGAAAAUGACGACCCUUUAAAAAUGGUUAUGGUUCUGGCUGCUACAAAUUUCCCAUGGGACAUUGAUGAGGCUUUACGAAGGAGAUUAGAAAAAAGGAUCUACAUUCCCUUACCUACAGCUAAUGGAAGGGCAGAGCUGCUGAAAAUAAAUCUGCGGGAAGUGGAGUUGGAGCCUAGUGUCGACCUUGAAGUUAUUGCUGAAAAGAUUGAAGGGUAUUCUGGAGCAGAUAUAACCAAUGUUUGCAGGGAUGCAUCCAUGAUGGCAAUGAGGCGCCGUAUCCAGGGUUUAACCCCAGAACAAAUCCGGGCUCUGUCCAAGGAUGAACUUCAGAUGCCGGUGACUGGGACAGACUUUGAAUUAGCGCUAAAGAAAGUAUCCAAGUCAGUUUCUGCUGCAGAUUUGGAAAAAUAUGAAAAGUGGAUGACUGAAUUCGGUUCUGCCUGAAAAAUUUCAAUAUGUUCUAUUUUACUGUGUGAACAUUGUUUAUCUUAUACAAGAAACAUUCUCCUGCUUGCACUGGAAUUACCAUUUUUUUAACCUAAAGUGGAUGUGAACUUGUGUUUCAGUUACAUCUCUCGGCGCCCAGUUGACCGCUUUGCUGUCCUCAUAUGCUGCCGAAUAUCAGUGUCUCUUUAAUUACAACGACUGAUGUCACUUUAAGUUAAUGGCUUGUGAACAGAAAAUUAGUUCACUAUGAUAACCAUAAGGUUGCGGCUCGUAAAUUAAUCAUGUUA